UAUUUGUUUUGGUAUUCGGUUAAAAAAGUUGAGUAGAUAAAGACUGGUGGAUGUGGCGUCUCCUGAAUUGAAGAUUAUUGUAUUUGGAAAAUAAUUUUUGAUUUGAGGCUCUAGUCGUUACCAGCUUUACUGUGGCAAAUGGGUUCUGAAGGUCCAACAACACCCAUAACAACAAUUCAUGUGACAGGAUUUAAGAAAUUCCAUGGAGUUGCUGAGAAUCCGACCGAAACAAUUGUCAAUAAUUUGACAGAGUACAUGUAUAAGAAGGGUUUGCCAAAGGGUUUAGUUAUUGGGAGCUGCAGCAUUCUUGAAACUGCUGGUCAAGGAGCACUUGUUUCACUGUACCAGAGAUUGCAAUCCGCUGUUAUUUCCAAGGACUCUGAAUCUUCAAAUUCCAAUAGAACUAUUUGGCUGCAUUUUGGGGUUAACAGUGGUGCUACAUGGUUUGCUAUAGAGAACCAGGCAGUCAAUGAGGCUAAUUUUAGAUGUCCCGAUGAAAUGGGUUGGAAGCCCCAGAAAGUCCCCAUUGUUCCUUCUGAUGGUGGAAUUUCACGAACAAGGGAGACUUCACUCCCUGUAGUGGAGAUCACCAAAACCUUGGCAGAGAAGGGGUAUGAAGUUAUGGCAUCAGAUGAUGCAGGAAGGUUCGUGUGCAAUUACGUUUACUAUCACUCCCUUCGUUUUGCGGAGCAGAAUGGAAUCAAAUCCCUUUUCGUGCACGUGCCACUCUUCCUCACAAUAAAUGAAGAGACUCAAAUGAAAUUCGCUGCUUCCUUGUUAGAGGUUCUUGCCUCUAAAUCUUAGAAAUGUUAUUUCAUUACAUUUGGACCCUAAAAAAUGGGAGCUCCUAUAUUUGUUCCGGUGUGAAAGUGGAUGAAUGUAUCUUGAAUGAGAUAUUUAUAAUAAAAAUAUUGUAUUUAAAUGGAACCACAUAUGUUUCUGAUUUAAGGUUCCUACACUCUGUGAAGACAGUUUGAUUUGCA